GAACAAUCGUUCGCGCGUGGCGUUGUUUGGCGUCUGCGACGUUACGCGGGCGGUUGAUAGGUGUUAGAUUGCGUACGUUCUAAGGGGCCGUCUCUACCCCAAUUCCGUCACAAUUGCUGCCACAAUGCCGGUCAAGUCGGGGACGGUGAAGAUCUUUCUGGGCAACCUGAGCGACGCCGCCACCCCCGACACCGUGCGCCCGCUGUUCGAGGCGUUCGGCAAGGUCGUCGAAGCUGACGUCAUCAAGAACUAUGGCUUUGUGCACAUGGAGGACGAGUCGGAAGCAAAGCGCGCCAUCGCUGCGCUCAACGGUCGCGAGGUGUGCGGCAAGGCCAUGGUGGUAGAGCUCAGCACAGGACUGAACAAGCGCGGCAUGGCGCGGCGCGGCAGCCAACCGAGUGGUGCGCAUGCCGCCAGGUGCAAGAUCUUCGUGGGCAACAUCCACAAGGACACGCAGCUGGACGAGCUGCGCAGCCUGUUCUCCGCCCACGGGACUGUCGUGGAGGCCGACAUCAUCUCCAACUACGCCUUUGUGCACAUGGAGGGCGAGGAGCAGGCUCAGGCGGCCAUCGACGCCCUGAACGGCUACCAGCUGCACGGACAGGACAUCCGCGUGCAGAUGUCCACCAGCAGCGUGCGGCCUGUGCCUGGCAUGGACAAGGCCGACAUGUGCUUCCGCUGCGGCAGCCACGGCCACUGGAGCAAGGACUGUGGACGGCAGGACCUGGUGGGGUACGGCGCGCCGGCCGGACCGACCGACGCCUGGGCAGGCUACCAGGCGGCGGCGGCGUCGGCCGGCGCCCGCGAGCGCGCCCGCUACGCGCCGUACCCGGCGUACGCGCCGCCACCGCCCGCCUACCGCCGCGACGUCUACUACGACCCGGCCGCCAGACGUGACACCUACUACGAGGGCUAUUACGACACGUACGACGCGUACGACCUGUACGACCGGCGUCGAACGGCGGCGCUGCCUCCGAUGCACGACCCGUACGGGCCGCCGCCGCGGCGUUACGACACGGAGGAGCCGCUGUACGACAGACGCGGCCCGGCCUCCUACAGUUAGCGGGCGGCACCUGCGCGCGUCGUGGAGGUGUCGCUAGCGCCUCCCGGGCGGCGGCGGCGGUGUGUGGCGCCUGAGGUGGGCCGCGCGCGCCCCCCGGCGGA